AUGUCAAGCGAUACUGUAGAUUACGAUUGGAGCAUAUUAUUUUCUCGAAGUGAAUUUAUAUUAGAGUUAGAACUUAGAAAUCGCUAUUUUGGCUUCGAAGAGAUUGAAAUGCUUAUGAACAAGGAUGCAAUCUUCAAGAAACUCUCAUUUGGAACUAAGCAACAUUCUAAACCCAAGAAAGCCGAAGAAAAGUUAACAUUACAAGUACUCCCUGAGGAUGUUAAAAAUGAAUUAAAAGAACUUGAGAAGAAGAUUGCUGCAGUCAAUGAUGGUUCCAAUAAAAAGAAAAAAAACAUCAAGAAAAAAAGAACUGAAAAUGAAAUCGUCAUUAUUACGAAAAAUCAAAACUCAGAAAUGAGCGAAUCAGAAAUAGUCGAGGAUAAGGAUAAGAUAACCGAAAAAUACAAUAAAAAGAUUGCUGAGUUACGUCGCUUAAAUAGGAUUUACUACUGGGGUGAUGAUAUCCCGAAUCCUAUUCUUGAGUUUGAGGAUGUUCAAAAUAUACCCGAGGGAACCUUGCAGUUAUUGCAAACUAUCGGAAUAACAGAUCCCUCUCCUAUUCAAAUGCAAGCUAUACCUCUUAUGCUUCAAAGACGAGACACACUCUGUUGCGCCCCGACAGGAUCUGGAAAAACAUUGGCUUUUGUUCUGCCCAUACUAAUUGAUAUUAUUCAGUUCAAAAAAACUGAAAAAACGUGUCCAAAUGCACUUUUGGCCAUCGUACUAGCCCCAACUCGUGAAUUAGCUUCUCAAACUCAUAAACAAUUCAUCAAGUUUGGUUCUACGGCUGAUAUUAGUUAUGCUCUUUUCGAGGAUAAUGAAAUGCCAAAGAAUGUUAACGUCAUUGUUUCGACCCCCAAUAGACUGGUGCACAGUUUGGAUAACGCUGACUUGUCUCAUCUCAGAUGGCUUAUUGUUGAUGAAAGUGAUCGUCUUUUUGAAGUCGAUGAAGGAGAAGCUCGUUGUUUCCGUACACAGCUCGGAGGUAUUUACACUGCUUGUAAGAACGGAAAGUGUGUAAAUGCUUUCUUCAGCGCCACUUACUCAGGUCAUGUCGAAAACUGGUGCAAAGAAAAUAUUCCUCACUUUGCCUCUGUAUGCAUAGGAAUUCGAAAUAGCAGUAAUGCUUCCGUGCAUCAAAAGCUUGUGUAUACAGGAUCGGAACAUGGAAAGAUUGUAGCCCUGAGAGAUAUUCUAUUGAACAAGUUGAAUCCAUCUGUUCUCAUAUUUGUACAGAGUAAGCAGCGCUGUAGGGAAUUACUCAAAGCUUUAUCUAGUAUCGCUGCCAAAGUACCGAUAGGGACAAUAAGUAGUGAAAAGACCUUAGCACAAAGGGAAGAAACUAUCAACGAAUUUCGAACGGGGGACAUUUUGGUUCUCAUAUGCACAGAUGUAAUGGGACGUGGUUUGGACUUCAAAAACGUUAAUAUGGUUAUCAAUGUUGACUUACCAACCACCGUUAUAAGUUAUAUUCAUAGGAUUGGUCGAACUGGACGUGGUGGACUCAAAGGAGAAGCUAUAACCUUUUUCACAGAUUCGGAUCGAGGAAAUUUACUGCCAAUCGCGCAAGUAAUUCAUCAAGCUGGAUUUGAAAUUCCGGAAUAUACCAUGAAGCUUAACUCGCUAACAAGAGAAAAGAAGAUGAAAUUGCGAAAGUUUGGAGUGAAACGUGAAAAACUGGCAAACCUCCCCCUGUCAAAAGCCAAGAUGUUUAAAAUUAUGAAGAAACGGUCUGAUUUGAAGAAAGAAGAGGCUGCUACUGUCAAGGCUACGGCUGCAAAAACAGAAAAAAAGCCCAAGAAGAAAACCAAGCCAGACACCAAAACUAAAAGAGUUGCAGAGACAGUAAAGAGCGAUGCCUCCAAACCGUUGAGGAAAAAGAAGAAGACUAUCUAA